AAGAUGCUGCUAUGGUCGAAAAUUAUGAAGAAGUCUUAAAAGAACACGUAAAAAAACCUGGCCAUUUUAUAUGGUAUGAAUGUACUCCUUUUGAAUUUGGAUCCGAAGAAUUUCCUGCAUACGUUCCAACAUGGGCAUUUGGUCGAAAAUUUGAAUUUGGUAAAAGUAUUAAUCGUGUACCUGAACAAAACCUUGGUUUAAUGAUUGGCUUAUUCGGAUCUGCACCGUCUGCUCCUCUUAUUUUCGAAAUCAAUCAAUUUGAACUGGCUCUUGGAAGUGGUUGGGUGAAAAACCAAUUUACAGAUGUAUAUGCCGAAGCAAUUAAGAAAAUUGGUGAUAAUAGAAAAGAAGUCUUUGAAGGUCAUCAUCCUGUCCCAACUCCAAAAAAUAAUAAUUUCAUUUAUCAUAUUGAUCCUCCACCAUAUAAACUCGGUCUUACGAGUAUACCACAUCUCAGUCUUAUGGAUGCCGGUGUAUCCAAUGAUUCUCCAGUUUAUCCGGUGACUCGUCCUGCUAGAAAUAUUGAAAUUGUUAUCGGUUUUGAUUGUUCAAGUGUUAUUGUUGGUCGUGAGUUAUUUGAAACUGAACAAAAAGUCUUUUGUGAGACGAGAGGAUUUGUCCGUAAAGAACGCGAUCUUACCAACAAAUAUUGUGAAAUUCAUGAUUUUACUCCAAAUGGUGCUACUAAUGGUUUUUGCCCACCCGCAGAUCAUCCUUUUACAUUAUGUUAUUUCCCAUAUUUACCUAAUGAUAAGGUUGAUCCAAAAUUUAUACCAAGUACAGAAAAAUUCAUGGCUUUUAAUAACUUUACAUAUACUACUGAACAAGUCGAAAAGACGGCUCAAUUAGCCAAACAAAAUUGGAAGGACGGUGAACAAAAAGUUAAAGAAGUUGUUAUUGAAGUAUGGAAAAAGAAAAAAGCUGCUAGAUUGAGUGGUAAAAAAUAA